CUUUGAUUGAGUUCAUUCCACAUCAGACAGACUCAUCCUUCAUCGUCAGCUUCAUCGUCACUCAUCAUUCGUCAUUCUCCUUUAAUUCCUUAAAUCACGCGUUUACCUAUUUAGACAUUUCUAAUCCUCUUUAAACUACAUUAGAUUUCUUUCCUUUCUUACAAAACACUAAAUCAAACAUGAGGGAAAUUGUUCAUCUUCAAACUGGUCAGUGUGGUAACCAAAUCGGUGCUAAAUUCUGGGAGGUGGUGUCUGAUGAACACGGAAUUGCUACUGAUGGGCAGUACAAGGGUACCAGUGAUCUACAACUCGAGCGAAUCAGCGUUUAUUACAAUGAGGUCGCUGGUAACAAGUAUGUGCCACGUGCCGUUUUGAUCGAUCUUGAACCGGGGACAAUGGAUUCCGUUCGAUCGGGUCCUUUUGGUUCUUUGUUCCGACCCGACAACUUUGUCUUUGGUCAAUCUGGUGCUGGUAACAACUGGGCCAAAGGUCAUUACACGGAAGGAGCUGAAUUAGUCGACUCAGUUUUGGAUGUUGUUCGUAAAGAAGCCGAAGGUUGUGAUUGCCUUCAAGGUUUCCAAAUCACUCACUCCCUUGGUGGUGGUACCGGUGCUGGAAUGGGUACUCUCUUGAUUUCAAAGAUUCGAGAAGAGUUUCCUGAUCGAAUGAUGGCUACCUUCUCGGUCGUACCAUCUCCAAAGGUGUCUGACACCGUUGUGGAACCUUAUAACGCUACCCUCUCAGUUCAUCAAUUGGUUGAGAACUCUGAUGAAACGUUUUGUAUCGAUAACGAGGCUUUAUACGAUAUCUGCUUCCGUACCCUCAAACUACAAACUCCUACUUAUGGUGAUCUUAACCAUUUGGUUUCCAUUGUCAUGAGUGGUAUCACCACCUGUCUUCGAUUCCCUGGUCAACUUAACUCCGAUCUACGUAAAUUGGCUGUCAACAUGGUUCCCUUCCCGCGUUUACAUUUCUUCAUGGUCGGAUUUGCUCCACUCACUGCUCGUGGAAGUCAACAAUACCGCGCCGUCACCGUUCCGGAAUUGACUUCACAAAUGUUUGAUGCCAAGAACAUGAUGGCUGCCUCUGAUCCUCGACACGGUCGAUACCUCACAGUAGCUGCUUACUUCCGUGGAAAGGUUUCGAUGAAAGAAGUGGAAGAAAACAUGCUUUCAGUCCAAAGCAAGAACUCAAACUACUUUGUUGAAUGGAUUCCUAACAACGUUCAAACUGCACACUGUGACAUUGCUCCUCGAGGUUUGAAGAUGUCUGUGACCUUCAUUGGUAACUCGACUGCCAUUCAAGAUCUCUUCAAGCGAAUCGCCGAUCAAUUCACAGCCAUGUUCAGGCGAAAGGCUUUCCUUCAUUGGUACACUGGUGAAGGAAUGGACGAGAUGGAGUUCACUGAAGCUGAGUCGAACAUGCAAGAUUUGGUCGCUGAAUAUCAGCAAUACCAAGAGGCUCACAUCGACGAAGAUGAAGUCGAAGAGGAGGCUUACGAAGAUGAGGCACCUCCGGAAGAGUAGAUGAUUUGAAAGGAUGAUUUUUUCAGUUUUUUUGAUUCACUGCUUUGUCUAAUCAAUUUGAACCUUCAUUGAUCUUAUUGAUGUGAGACUGAAAAAAAGAAGAGAGAAAAGAAAGUACAAUGAAGCUAUUUGUCUUUGUGAUUUUCUUUUUUUUUUAAUUUGAAACGGCCAAUUUUGUUUCUUUUUUGUUUGUUUUGUUUUGUGCUUUCAAGUCUUAGUUCAGCUUUUUUAUAUUGUCCGCACUACCUUCAAAAAUCUCAAAUUGGUUAUUUUAUCUUUUUUGUUUGCGUUCAAAGUCUGGAUUGAUUUGAUCUUAUCUUCCAUUUUGCUUCGAUUCCUUUUACAGGACUUGAGGUGAUUUGAGAUGUGAUGAUUGAGUUUUUCUUGAUGAUGAGAAUAAGAUUGUGCGGUUGCUCGUUUAAGGCUUCUUUCAUGCCCACUCAGAAUAGAUCUUGUUAAUUCAAUAAUUAGAUGAUUGGUACU